UGAAGGGCUGAGGACGCACGUACCGAUUGGCUGCCAUUUCAGAUUAUUAUUGCUCUUGAGCCAACGCUAACGCACAAGAUGCAUAUUCCCAAAAGAGACACGCCAAGCGGUGAUCUCGCUCCCUCUUGGAGGCAGCUUAUAGACAGAUUCCAGGCUAAGUAUGCCCACCGUUGGCCUUUUUACGAGGCGAGUUCCCUGAAUAGUCUCCAUGGCUCAUACGCUAUGCAUGUGCCGUCCCCUGAUCUCGGCAGAUCUAACUUAGUCUAACUCCCAUGCGACACCGCCAUGAGUUCUCGAUCGCCGACCCCCGAUUUGACUUUUGUUACAGGCAACAGCCUCGAGCAGCUCCGCGACAAUGCCAACAAGACAGUCCGCUCCCACGUCGCCCGUGUCUCAUGGAGCAAUCAACAGAAAUCAGAUCCAAAAUCGAGAAGGCGACGACGCGCACCGCCCGAGCUGGCCAUACAUGGAGGCUCACAUCAGGACGACCAGGUGCAGGAAGCGGGUCCUUCCGCGUCAGUUCCAGGCCAACUUGCACGUUCUCUGGUAGACACUCAGCUCGAUGCUGCACGUCAGAUUGAUCCAUUCAGAACAUACCCAGCGCACUGGCAGGCAUUCUUCCCUCGCCUCGUCGACCAUUACAUCCAACACCUAGCCGCAGAUAUCUGCGAGCUCGAUUCUCCGACACAACAAGAGCUACUUCGGGCACAAUGGUGGCCUCUGGUCACGGCGGAGCCGGCGGCGCUGCUUACGGUGCUACUGUCCUCUGCCUCGAACUAUUGUCGCAUGCACGGAAGCACAGGCCUUGAACCGGAACUAUUACGAUUAAAAGGGGACGCGCUCAGGGCGAUCAACGAAGCCUUCGAUAACGAGGACAAGAGGCUGAGCGAUGGCCUUAUCCUGGCGGCGGCGGAGAUGGCAAGCUUCGAAGCAAUACACGGCAGCCGGGACUCCUUCUCUACACACAUGAACGGACUCAGCCAAAUGGUUACAUUGCGCAAUGGGCUGGCUUCCUUGGGCCUGCACGGCCUCCUCCGCCGCAUCAUUAUCUGGAUAGACCUCAACUCAUCCAACCUGCUCCAGACGGCACGCUUCUUCCCAGGCGAGACGUAUUCGGCCGUGCCGUCGCCAACCAGCGACCACUCUGUCGAGCAACAAUAACAGCCUGUGCAACGUCUGGCUGCAAGCCCGAGCUGGGAGCCUGCAACGCCAGCAUGCAGGCAUGUAUGCAGUGUCCCGCAGACACCCGACUGCAUGGUUCGUUCCCGGUGGUACGGAUACGAAUCGGAACCCAGCUUGGCGUGUAGUGAUCGGCGUAGUGGUACCUGGAUUGGAUCCGCUCCAGGAUACAACAGGGCGCAGGGAGCCCUGGAAGACAUGCGACAAGUCAGGCAACCAAUAAUGAGCCACGGCC